CGGUCUGGAAGCCGCUUCCCCGGCGCUAGUUCGGAAUCCAUUCCGCGGGGAGCGCUUUGCCCGGGCAGCGUAGCGGGCCUCGGGGAGCGGUCCCUCCUGCCCUGGAAGGAGGAGGAUGCCUCUCUUCAGGACGGCGCUGAGAGUCUCCAACCGCUCCAUUCUCGUCUUCAUCUUCUUCUUCUCCUUUUCUUCCUCUUGCCUUUAUUUCAUCUAUGUGGCUCCUGGCAUAGCAAAUACAUAUUUAUUUAUGGUACAAGCACGAGGUAUAAUGCUGAAAGAAAAUGUGAAAACAAUAGGACAUAUGAUCAGACUGUACACCAACAAGAACGCUACACUAAAUGGCACAGAUUAUCCUGAAGGCAACAGUACAAGUGAGAGUAUUGCUCAGACAGUGAUGUAUCUUCCAGAAAACUUCACUUAUUCUCCUUCUCAACCUUGUCCAGAAAAACUGCCCUCCAUGAGAGGCAUUAUUGAAGCCAAUAUGAGUGAAAUUAGUUUGGAUGAAAUCCAACAGAUGUUUUCUAAAGAUUUAGACAUUGAACCAGGUGGUCACUGGAAGCCAAAAGACUGUAAACCACGUUGGAAGGUUGCAAUACUCAUCCCUUUUCGCAAUCGUCAUGAACACCUUCCUAUAUUUUUUCGACACUUAAUACCAGUGCUACAGAAGCAGAGGCUAGAAUUUGCUUUUUAUGUCGUUGAACAGAUAGGAACACAGCCUUUUAACCGAGCAAUGCUGUUUAAUGUUGGCUUCAAAGAAGCUAUGAAGGAUGGUGAUUGGGACUGUGUAAUCUUUCAUGAUGUGGAUCAUUUACCAGAAAAUGAUAGGAAUUAUUAUGGAUGUGGUGAAAUGCCACGUCACUUUGCUGCAAAAUUGGAUAAGUAUAUGUACAUUCUUCCAUACAAUGAAUUUUUCGGUGGUGUAAGUGGAUUAACAGUAGAACAGUUCAAAAAAAUCAAUGGAUUUCCAAAUGCUUUCUGGGGAUGGGGAGGAGAAGAUGAUGACCUUUGGAACAGGGUACACUCUGUAGGAUUUAAUGUGACAAGACCAGAAGGAGAACUUGGAAAGUAUAAGUCAAUUCCUCAUCACCACAGAGGAGAAGUUCAAUUUUUAGGACGAUACAAACUAUUAAGAUAUUCACGAGAGCGUCAAUUUAUUGAUGGUUUAAAUAAUCUAGUAUAUAUGCCAUCUAUUCUUGCCAGUAAACUGUAUACUAAUAUCACUGUAAACCUGGUACCAGAACUAGCUCCUGUUCAAGAUUAUUGAUGGAACAGCAGAAUAAACUACUGGAUCAAAACUUUGUAACACUGGAAAAAUACUAAAUCAGGUAUUUCUAAAAAGUCAAAUGACUGCACAAUCAUGUGUCAAUUAGUGAAUGUUUCACAUUAUGAAACUAAUAAGUAUUCAAGCCUUGUUAGCUUUUCUGUAGAUAACAAAUGUAGCAUGCUUAGAAAUCAGGAAAAUCUCUUUCUCUAAGAAAGCAUGCAUUCAAUGAAUUAUAAUAAUUAUUUUUUUAAUGUUUCCAUAUCAUAUAAAUAUCUGUUAAAAAUAUCAGGCUUUUGACUAUGGUAGCAUUCUGCAUGUUUUGGAAGUAUUUGUGUUCAGUAUUUCCAGAAUUUAGGCAUGAAAUGUAUGCAAUUGAAUCUAGACAAAGAUUUUGAAUGAUUUAUAGGCUGAUUUAUAAAUAUUGGUUGUUACUAUAAACUUUUAUGCUAAUUUUGAGCUACAGCCCUUCUAUAUACCAUGUAUACCUGUGAUUUUGCCACCAAACCUAUGAGAAAUAAUCUUUCAAUCUUUAUUCUACUUAUUACCAGGGCAGUUCCCUGAACAUGCUUGAAAGAAUAUCAUUCAGGCAUAUUGCAUGCAUGGGAAUCUAUUCAUGAUGUUGCAUUUCAUUAUCGUUCUUGAUGUGCCAGUAGUGCUAACGUCAGAUUUAUAUCUAACUAGUCUAUUUUCAUACUGCUCUUUUGUGGAUUUUUGUAAUAAACAACAUCAUCAUUCCAUCCAAAAUCAAAGGAGUAAUGAAUUAGAAGACGAAUGAAUGUUAAUGGGAGGAAGUGAUGGUGGAAAGAUUUUAUAUGAGUAACAAGUGGAAUGUUCAGAGUAAUUAUCAUUGGUCAAUUUUUUUCUCAUUGAAAGUCAUUGGAACUGGAGUCAACCUGAGGAGAAAUAUCUUGAAAUUCAUCCUAAACCAAUUGCCAUCAGUAUUAAAACUUUUCCCUUCCUUUGUAAACAGUGCAUUUUCUGCAACAAGCUAAGACUCUUCUGUUUAUGACUUCUACAUGGGGUGAACAUGCCCACCAUUUUACAAAGUUGUUUUGAUCUUGGUUUUUUUUGUGCCCAGUACACAUAACUGAGGUAUGUCUCAUUCUAGUUUUUAUUGGACUGGAUGAUGAUUGACAUAUAGCAUCCUUUUUUAUGAAUACUAUUCUUUGAAUACUUGAGCAAUUAUCUUCACAGAGUGAAUCACUCUGUUCUAAUAUAGGCAUUUCAAUGUUGAAUGUACUUAUGAAUCAAGAUUAAAAAAUUUGAGAACCAAAGAAUUACUUCUUUUUCCUUUCAGAAUGGAAAAUACAUUGCUCAACAUCUACAACAAGAGUAAAAUGGAUACAGAUCUCAUUUACAUUAUGGAUUAGUUCUUCUGCAGAUGUCUUGCAUUGUUUGGGAUAACAAAAUUACUUAUCUUUGUUUUCUGCUUACAGCCUCAGCAUAACAACUGAUUAUAGGCUGCUCUUUAAAUAUAAAAAGUGAUGUCUAUCAUUCCAAAUAAUUUGCAACUUGAAGAGAUUAAAAUGGAAAGAUGUUGCUGAUAAUGCAUAAUUUUGAUUAAAUUACAUGAAUCAAGCAUGCAAAAACUCCUUUACCUUUAAAUCUAGAUACCAUAUUCUGUACACUUUUUCUCAAUUCCCAGUUAAUGGAUUUUUACAAAGCUAAACAUAGUAUUUAUAACAUCCUAUCCUAAUUCAAUAUGGUGACAUGGUUUGAAUGGAAAGGCUUGUCUUAAAUAUUGCCAACUUGAUGCAUACGUUUUAGAAAAAGUAUAUAUGGGGAUGUGCAUAUGCGCAUACGCCUUUGAAAUUACAUUUUUAACCUGCCAGGAAAAAACAACAACAAGAUAUAAUGCAUGCCUUUUCCUGCUCAAUUAUACCAUUCUGUAAUAGAUCUUUAUAUGCCAUGAUCCUUUAAAUUAGCUUGCACUUGGAGCUGGGAGCCAUUCACUUUCUUUAUGACCUCAUAAUGUAGAACCAUUGACAGCCUGGUUUUGCUCUCUGGCUUUGGACAGAAUGCCCUCUAGAAUAGAUUUUUCAAGAGUAAGAUAAAUAAAUAUAUUUCAGUUGAAGCAAUAAAAAUCAUGCAAAUACUGAAGGCCUAGUAAGUGGUAGUCUGCUGCUGACCUAGUCUAAGCUUACUAUCUAAGUAGAGCAAGUCCUGGUUAGUGCUUGAAUGGGAAAGUUCCAAUCAAAAAAGAAGACAAUAGCAAAUCACUUCUGUGUAGGUAGUCCUCACUUACUGACUUCAGUUGGGACAGGCAGCCCCGUUGCUAAGCAACAAGGUCAUAAAGUGUAAAAUCACAUGACUGUGCCUGAUGUACAACAGCAGUUCAUCAGUUCUGGUUAUGGUCAUUAAGUGAAUCACCCACAGUCAUUAAGCACAAUGUCACAUGACCAUGACAUGAGA